UGGUGUCAAGCGGAUUUAUUUGGAAGAAGAAGCUGGAGAAAUUUCUGCAGGUGAAGCUCAAUCAUGAGUACCUAUCGCACACCAUGUUCAACUCUGUGGCCAAGUACUUGUGGGGCGACGCCAAUGAGGUGGAGCAGGGCUACAUGGAAGUGAGUGGCCAGGCGGACACCGCAGGAGAGCAACUGGACCUGGCCAUCCACCAAGACGAUGACGACUGGCUGGUGGUGGGACAGCCUGGUAAGGAAAACGAAGGCCAUCAUCCCUCUCACCACGCUCAUCCUCACCAACACCAUCCACAUCGCCAUCAUCACCCUCACCACCACCACCAUCACCACGCCCGACCUGCGACAGUGAAUGACUCACACGAGCCAUCGGCCCUGGCACAGGCCCCGGCCCCGCCAGGCGCGUCUGACAUUGAGCUUGAUGAAGCCGCUAGUCUCCGGUGCUCGUAUAAUCCUUUGACGGGCUGUUCAGACUCUGUGCAGGGCGCCCUACAAGACUGUACUAUGAAUCUCAAUAACUUUGACUUGGACAGUAAUUAUUCCUCCGACGGUGAGAGUGGAGGGGACUCGGGUGUGCGACCGUCGUCCCCAGAGUCGGUGUUCUCGGUGUGCUCGGGCCGUUCCCAUGCCACCUACAGGCCCUCGGGUUCUAGUCACGACCCGUGGAUCGUGGCCCCACCCCCGUGCUUCACGGGCUCCGGGCUGGGGGAGCUCCCCACCAUCUCGUCCAGCCCCUUGGAGAAUCUGCUGAUCGAGCACCCGUCCAUGUCUGUGUACCUGUCUGUCCCGCCCUCCUCUUUGCCCCCCUCACACCCCUUCCAUUUGGCUCAUCUCGCAGGGGAGUCGGCGCCGGCUAGCUCCGAGCCCCGGGACAGUGGAGACGACAGCGGUGAGCCGGGUGACGCACUGCGCGAGGACCGCACCCACCAGUUGCCAGUGGGAGAACAGCUGCCCGCGGCCCACCGUGCCCACCGGGAGGGGCUCGGCAGACACUGGGGAUUCGCCGCGCCGGCCCAGGUCUCCCCCGCUCAGGCAGUGGCCCGGCUGCACGCGGCUCAGAGGGUACAGAGCGGCAAGAGCAACAAGGCAGUGAGUCGGCAGAAGUGCCGCCGGGAGAACAAAGUGUACGAGUACAAGGGCUGCCCCAAGGGCAACACCAAGCGGAGCAAGCGGAGCCGUCCGUCCAGCUGCAAGUCUGGCCGCAUGUGUCAGCGCGUAUAAUGCUGGUCUCCUUAGACGUAUUAUAAUUCUCCUGAUAGUGAGGGGGAGGGGGGGGGGGGGUGUAAGGGUCUCCUGUUUACUCCUUAGACUUGCCUUAUGUCGAACUUUUUCCAUUUUUUAUCUUUUAAAAAAAAUUAUAUUCUUUGUGCAAGACAUUGUUUGAAAUAACCUGUGUGUAUCCAAUAAUCCUGUAGUUUUUGUCCAUUCUCUCCAUCUACUAGUUGUUUUUUAAUGAUUAUUUUAGUGGACACUUGUUUAUUGUUUAUGCAGGAAGGAACGUAAUGCUGAAACAUGCAAUGCUCAAGACUGAAACUUUUCCAUGGCUUGGCGAUGGGUAUUUUAUUCUCACAUGUUCAAGAUUAGUCUCAACGUGUCCUCCUUUUUUUUUAUUUCGUCUCUAUAUGAUACGUGUAUUACAUAUAAUAUGUAUAUUAUAUAUACAUGUGUGUAUGUGUAUCUCUUCUUUACAUUUUAUUACUAGCCGUAGAUUGUUUACCUCUCUUUGUGCACCAAAAUAUUGAAGGUGAUGAUUUCUUCACAUAAAUCCCUUAUCACUAAAGUUGUAUUUUGUCUUAUUCCAAGGCUGGGGAAAACUUACAGAAUAAAAACUGCUUUAAUACAUAAUA